AUGUCAAGAAAACGAAAAUUGACGGAAGAUGAGGUUCGUUUUUUUUCUCCCAAAAAUUCACGAGAAGUUUUUUGCAGACGUCGAGUUCUCCUCAAGAAAAUGAUGAUAUUUCGUGGUUUGAUAUUCCACUUGAGAUGAGAGAAAUGGUUACAAAUAAAAUGGAUAUCAAAACACGUUGCAAAUUCAUGCAAUGUUCGAAGAAAUGUGAAGAGGAAGUUAAAAUAUCGGAGCGAUUUCUAGCAAACAUCAAAAUCUGCCGAUCAAAUAAUCCAGAAAUUCAUAUUGGACUUGGUAGAUCAUAUAUUUGUCAUUAUUGUUUGGAAUUUAUGGAUGUUUCAAAUUUAUCAGAACCCCAAGUAAUUGUUGUUUAUAAAACGUAGGUUUUUCUUCUUUUUUUCUGAUAAAAUUAUAUAAAUGGUAUAUUUUCAUUCAGUGUUCCAUUUUGCGGUUACAAUGAUGAAAUUGGAAAUGAGAAAAAAGAAAUAAAAUGGAUGAAAACGGAAAAUGGAAAUGCAGAAGAAGUUCGAAUGAAAUAUCUGAAAGAAUACCUCGAAAAAUGUUGGAAAUCUAUUGAAAACAUUGAAAUUGAUGUAAGGUUUUAUUUUUUAAUAAAGCCCACUAGAAAAUCUUGAAUUUAGGAUGACAAAUUCAUGGGAUCAAACUUAGAUUUGAAACAUUUACCAAAUUUGAAAAAUUUCGAAAAUGAUACUUAUGAUGUGAGAGAAAAAGGAUGGUUAGAUUGGGCAAAAAUCAAAAAUCUCAAAUCAUUCAAAUUGACAAAACCUUUUUUUCCGCUGAAGCGGAAGCUUGCGGUUUACACUCGCUUCGCUCGGAAUCAAAAAUUUAUUUCAGAUGUCAAUUUCGAUUUGUUCCAAAUUACGAAAAAGAAUUCGAAUGUUGUUUUGAAGUUUUUUUGA